UUCAAGAUGGCAGACAUGCCGCUUGAACCGCGAUAGUAUGUAAUAGUAAGUUUACGUUUUAGGUGUGUCUUUUUAGAAUAAUCGAACUAUAAUGUCUCCCGAAAUAUUGACUGAAAGUCUAUACGAAUAUAUCGACAAUGUGAAGCAACGUUCGCGUAUUCUUUGUGCUAGGUUUAGGUAACAUUUGUGCCGAAACAUAUGUAAAACGGUGAUCGAAAUUAUUGUGUUAUUAAGUGUAUCGUGUACGAUAGUUAUUCGUGUUUGAUGUUAAAUUAAAAUGUGGAAUAUGAUGUGCGACGUGAUGCCCACGAUAUCUGAAGACAGUAUUAGUCAACGGAGUUCGCAGUUCUCCGGCGAGGACGCGAAUUUCGAACAACUUAUGGUUUCGAUGUUGGAUGAGCGAGAUAAACUGGUGGAAAGCUUGCGUGAGACGCAGGAGCGGCUCGGGGACACGGAGCUGCGGCUGAAGGAAGUGGAAAAGGAGCGGGACUCGCUGCAGAGACAAAUUGCAGCCAACUUACCUCAGGAGUUCGCAACACUCACAAAGGAGUUGAACCAGGCGCGGGAGCAGCUGCUCGAACGAGAGGAGGAAAUAUCGGAGCUAAAAGCGGAGAGGAACAACACCAGGUUACUAUUGGAGCAUCUAGAAUGCCUCGUGUCGCGGCACGAGCGCUCGCUGCGCAUGACCGUCGUGAAGCGGCAGGCGGCCGCGCAAUCGGGCGUCUCCUCCGAGGUGGAGGUGCUGAAGGCGCUCAAGAGCUUGUUCGAGCACCACAAGGCGCUGGACGAAAAGGUACGAGAGAGAUUACGAGUGGCGUUAGAGAGGAACACAGCGUUGGAAGAAGAAUUGGCGUUAACCAAAGAAGAAUUGCAGCAAUACAAAACAACAUCGGGGCAGGACGACAAGCCGAAAGAAAAUGGCACCGCGUCCACCGGCUCGCCCGAACAGAACGGCGAGCAGAUACAGGCUAAGGAGUGUAGUGUUAACGGUGAGUCGGAGAGUGGCAAGAAACUAACUGAGCUACAAAACACGAUCGCUAAACAGUCAGCGGAAUUAAGCUCGUGGCAGCGGCGCGUCGCAGAGCUGAACAACAAAGUGACAGAGCUGGAGGAGAGACUGGGCAAAGGGGAGAAGGAGUUGGUGAAGAAGCAAGAGGAGUGCGCGAAACUGCAGAGGGAUUUAAGGGAAAACGUCGCACAGAAGGAGGAUCAGGAGGAAAGGAUAGCAACGCUCGAGAAGAGAUACCUGAACGCGCAACGUGAGUCCACUUCACUCCACGAUCUGAACGAGAAGCUGGAGCAGGAGCUGCAGCACAAGCAGGCGCAGCUCAAGCUGCAAGAAGAGAAGAUCGCGGCGAUCGAGGAGAAGCUGGAGCUGUCGACGCAGAAGUUGGCACAGAUGUCGUCGCUGCCGGAGAUGGAGGAGCAGCUCAAGGCUCGCAUGGAGGCGCUCAGCCAGGCGCAAGAGCGACAUGGAUCUGCCGAAGAUCGCAUCCAGAGGCUCGAAGCGAGCGUGGAGGAGAAGAAUGCUGAGCUGAUGAGGCUGAACCAAAGGUUGAGGAUGAAUGAGGAACACAAUACACGGCUCUCGGCGACCGUGGACAAACUGCUGUCUGAGUCUAAUGACAGAUUGCAAGUCCACCUCAAGGAGAGAAUGCACGCGCUAGAAGAGAAGAACGCGCUGCAACAAGAGUUGGAGAAGACGCGCAAGUACGCGGACGAGCUGCUCGCCGACAAGCAGGAGAUACUCAAGGAGCUGGCCAAGUGGCGCAUGGAGACAGAACAGAUGAAACGGCAAAUGCUCCAACAAGAGAUAGCAUUCAACAUCCAGCAGACAGACGCGCUCACACGUUCGUUAUCUCCUGCAGCGCCGCAACCGCCCGCGCUGUUCCAGCCUAAGUUGGACGGUUCGUGGGAGAAAUUACAACAAGCGCACGUGCUCGCGAACGUGCAACAAGCGUUCGACGUGCCUAGUGAUGCGGAGAACGACGAAUCGGAAGGUGCCGAGGGACACACAGACGCGGCUGCAUUAGCUUUAAUGCUGCAGGAGCAGCUCGACGCGAUCAACACGGAGAUACGGCUCAUACAAGAAGAGAAGCAGAGCACAGAGGCUAGGGCGGAGGAGCUUGAGUCCAGGGUGGGCAGCUACGAGCACAUGAACGUAGUAUCCCGCCGCGCGGAGUCCCCCCCCGCGGCCGCCUCCCCCUCCCGCCCGCACAUGCAGCACCACAAGUACCACACCUUGCAGCUGUGCGACGAGGGCGUGGGCGUGGGCGGCGUGGGCGUGGGCGCCGGCGUGGGCGUGGGCGAAGGGGCAGAGUCUCCGCUCACGGCGCGGUCGCUGCGACUAGAGCGGGCUGCGAGGGCGAUACACGCGGAAAGGGAUAGACUGAGGACGCACUACCCGGCGCCGUAUGACUCGACCUCAAUAAUGUCGGGGAGUAUGGCCCGGAUCCCGAUGCACAGCAGUUCAAGCCAAGAGUCCCUGGGCGGCACGGUGGUGGGUGCGAGCUGGGGGGGCGCAUCCCCCGGGCUCCCGAGGGUCUCCUCUGCAGCAUCAGCGGUGUCCAUAGCGUCCAUGCACCAGCAGAAGAAGAGGGGCAUCAAGAGCUCGCUGGGAAGGUUCUUCAGUAAGAAGGAUAAGGCUGGCAUGCCGGUGCAAGGUCAAAGUGGUAGAACGCUAUCAUCAGUAUCGUCUCUGGGUCUCUCAUCACUAGCUGAUGAUGACAGUCAGCAGAGCCAGCUGGCUCAGCAGCCGAUGCAGCAUCAGGACUACGCACGGACUAAGAGCAAGGAGCGCGACUACCGGCACGAGCUGCUGGGCGAGGCGAUGCGGGCGGGCACGCCCUUCGCGCUGUGGAACGGGCCCACCGUCGUCGCCUGGCUCGAGCUGUGGGUCGGCAUGCCCGCCUGGUACGUGGCCGCGUGCCGAGCGAACGUCAAGUCCGGCGCGAUCAUGUCCGCGCUCUCCGACCAGGAGAUACAGCGCGAGAUCGGCAUCAGCAACCCGCUGCACCGGCUGAAGCUGCGGCUGGCGAUCCAGGAGAUGGUCUCGCUGACGUCCCCGUCCGCGCCGCGCGGCACCGCCUGCGCAGCGCUCGCCUUCGGGGACAUGAACCACGAGUGGAUCGGCAACGUGUGGCUGCCCUCGCUCGGUCUUCCCCAAUACCGCACCACGUUCAUGGAGUGUCUGGUGGACGCGCGCAUGCUCGAGCACCUCACCAAGCGAGACCUGCGCACGCAGCUCAAGAUGGUCGACAGUUUUCACAGAACGUCGCUGCACUUCGGCGUGGCGUGCCUGAAGCGGGUGGGCUACUCGGUGCGCGCGCUGGACGAGCGGCGCCGCGCGGCGGAGCACGGUCUGCGCGACGUGCUCGUGUGGACCAACGAGCGGCUGCAGCGCUGGCUCGCCGCCAUCAACCUCAAGGUGAGCGCACACACACACGUGCUCGUGUGGACCAACGAGCGGCUGCAGCGCUGGCUCGCCGCCAUCAACCUCAAGGUGAGCGCACACACACACGUGCUCGUGUGGACCAACGAGCGGCUGCAGCGCUGGCUCGCCGCCAUCAACCUCAAGGUGAGCGCACACACACACGUGCUCGUGUGGACCAACGAGCGGCUGCAGCGCUGGCUCGCCGCCAUCAACCUCAAGGUGAGCGCACACACACACGUGCUCGUGUGGACCAACGAGCGGCUGCAGCGCUGGCUCGCCGCCAUCAACCUCAAGGAGUACGCACCGAACCUAUCGGAGAGCGGCGUGCACGGCGCGCUGAUCGCGCUCGACGACAACUUCGACGCGAACAGCAUGGCGCUCGCGCUGCAGAUACCCACGCAGAACACGCAGGCGCGGCAGAUCCUGGAGGUGGAGUUCAACAACCUGGUGGCGGGCGGCACGGAGCGCACGGCGCGCGCGCCGCACGAGCACGCGCCGCCCUCCUGACACCACGCCAUCGACUAGCGCGCCGCUCGCCACAAGCACUGACGCACCGCCAGCCGCACAC